AAUCUUCCUCGAGAAGAACGAUUUUUGGCAGAGAACACAAUUCUAGUUGGACUUAUGCCUGGGCCAAAGGAGUCAAAAACUGACAAAAUCAAUAACUACUUAAGACCAUUGGUGGAUGAGUUAUUGGAGCUGUAUGUUGGAAUACAUGUACCUCCUUACGAACACCCAGCAGGCACUCAGAUUCGUGCAGCAUUAUUAAUGGUAGCGUGUGACAUUCCUGCAGCAAGAAAGACCAGUGGAUUCACUGCACACAAUAGCACGUGUGCAUGUUACAAAUAUAACAAACAAUUCCCUCGUCUGGAAGGCAGUUCUGCUGUUGACUUUUCUGGAUUCGACACAGACCAAUGGCAGCCAAAAAAUAAUGAUAUGAACCGUUUUCAUGCUGAGGAGUGGGAAAGUGCAAGCACCCCCUCAGAAAGACAGCAGCUGGAGGUCGAAAAUGGUGUCCGAUGGUUGCAGUUGUAUUGUCUUAGAUACUUUGAUCUAGUACGUGGAACGAUCAUUGAUCCCAUGCAUAAUCUUUUCCUAGGAAUGGCAAAA